GAUCAAAACUUUAUUGCCAAAAUGUUGCAGCUUUCAGAAUAGAGUUUAAAUUUUCAGUUUCACUUUCAAGUUUGAUUAUUGAUAGACACAUCAAACUCCGAAGCAUUGUGUCGGCUUAAUGCCUGCCUAAAUUUAUUCUAUUAUUUUACAUCCUGAUUCUUUGCAGGAAAACAAAUACAAAAUGUUUUAGUAUAGAAAAAUUCUGUAACUAUAUGCUUAGUUUGAUAGAACUGCAGAUUUCUUACAAAAAAAAAUGAAGCUAGGAAUAACUAAGGCACAACACCACACUGUAGUGUUGUGGGUACUCGGAGCUUGCAAUGCCGCAUCCUUCUUUGCUGCACUACAACUAGUUAGCAAUCUUGCACCUGAAGAUCGGAUAUCAAUAAAGCGUGGUACCGCGCUCACGGCGCUCGGCUUCGUCUACUUCAUGUCUCUGUUCGAGCUGCUCAACGUGACAGCGCUCUUCACCCGCUUCGGUUCCCGCUUUCGCCGCAAGUACCAGCUCAGCUCCGGCGACGUUCUCGACAUAACAAACAAAUUGGUGUCAGCGGUACAGGCGGCGUUCUGUUGCGCAACGGGCGCAGUAGUGUGUGCAUGGUCGUGCACGCGGGACCUGGUGCGCUCCUCGCAUUUCAUAUCCGAGGCUUACGCCUGGUUCGGUGCCGCCUACUUCUUCUACGACAUAUGGUCCAUGUACAUGGUCCAUGUGUAUAUGACUACCACAAACUUGGGCUACAGAUCUAAGAUGAUCAAACCGCCGAAGAAGGAGUCGUUGCCAAGCGGUGACGCGAUUAAUGACGUCACAUGUGACAGCACGAGUGACACUGUCGAGCCGGCGCCGUGCUCGGGAAAGCAGGUGUCAUUCUUCGCGUACUGCAAGCACGAGCCCGUCAUACUGAUGCAUCACCUGUUCAUUGGAGGCUUUGGUUUCCUUGUUAUUGUGUAUUUGCGCGGUGGCCUCGGCGACUGUGUCUUCGGCUUCGUGUACCUGAUGGAGGUGUCUACUCCGUUCGUGUCGGCGCGCGGGAUCCUGUCGCGUAUGCGGCUGAAGAGCUCCCGGCUGUACGUGGUCAACGGACUGUUGAUGCUGGCCACGUUCCUGGUGUGCCGCGUGCUCAGUCUACCCUACGUGUGUCUGCUGUACAGCCGCGCUAUCCGCUUGCCCUAUCUAGAGGCAAUAAGUUCUCUUCCGUUGGGCUGCAAGGUGUCGAUAUGUAUCCUGCUCCUACCCCAGCUGUACUGGUUCUACCUCAUGUCGUCUGGCGCGCUCAAGAUGCUCUUCAGACGGACCCGACCCAAGCAGAGUUGAUCCCCUGUAUGGACAAGCUCAUAUGUAACCUCGGCUUACGCAAAUGCAGUUCAUCUAAAAUGCCUAUUUAAAUCAAGACAACACACUCAAACUGACUGAACUGAAAAUAUUUGAUGUUUUCUUACAGAUAUGUCUUCCUUUUUACCGACAACGUCAAAUAGUCAACAAUUAGGUUUUUUGUACUUUGGUCUCUGUUAACGAUAAAAUCAGAAAUCAGAAAAAAUAUUAAUUUUUUUUUUUAGAUUAGGUUUACUUGAAUAUCGCUCAAAGAAAUAUUUCAGUGACGUCAGUUAUGGAGUUACAUGAAGAAUUAGGACAGUUGUCCUUGAAAGCCAAUCAAACGAAGUUCUAUAAAUAGACGCUGCCAUAUUGCUUUUUUUAAUCUCUGGUGUUUGUUGAAAAUAUGUAACAUGUAGUUCAAUAAAUAGCUCCAAUGGGCUCGAGGUAGCGGGGGGUGAUAAGUUAUGGCUGUCAAAUAUGUAUAGUUUAUAAUUAAUAAUUUAUUUAAAAUAAUGUAAUUAUUUACUUUGUUUAUACUUGAAAUAUUCCCAGAAUUGGAGAAUAUGUUAAUCGUCUCCAAAUGGCGAUACAAAAAGUCGAAAAUACCAAAAAAAUAUAUAUUUAGUUGACUUUUGUGGGUUUCUUAGAAUGGUUAUUGAUAUUGAGACUUGACGAGUAGACCCAACUUACACAGAUGGAAAGUUUUUGAAAUGCUAUGGAAACCGACAAAAUGUUUAUAGGCAGAUUUAUACCUACCCCAUAACUGAGGGUAGUUGGAAAAUAUUAAAUUUCAUAAAAAUUACCAUUGAUAAUUUUGACCAUUGCUUCUGUUAUAAGCUAGUUACAAAAUCAUUUUGCCUACUUAGUUUGUCGUUUAAUUCCAUAUAGAUUAUUAUAUAUUUGAAUAUAUCGGGUCUGCUCGUGCUGUGUAUAUACAAUGUUGACAUAUAGACCCUGAGCUUACCAAACAUAGAUAGUAUAAAGUUAUAUUGUUACCAGUUAUAGAAUAUUUAAAUAUUCAAACGCCAUAUUAUUUGAAUCUCUGGCACCUAUUUUGUAGUUUUAUAGGUGCGUGUGUUAUUUUAAUAUAGAAAGAUGCCGAGUUAGAUAUAGAGGAGGUAUUGUUGUGUCACAUAUAGACAGAAAAAUCUUAACUUGCUUCUUUUCAGUCUUCCCAGUAUAUGCUCAUACAGCUCUCCUAUUUAACUAAAAGGUUAGAGAAACUUUCUUUGUAUUUGAUAUGAAAACUCAAGCAAUUUUUUUGAUUCAAAUUUUAUUUAAAUUUAGAUAUGUGCCAUUUGUCAAUUAAAAUCAAUCAUUUCUCUCGCUUUUUCUUUACUUAUUGCUUUAAUCUCAUCAGUUGUUCGCAGUUGGGAUCCGAAUGGAUGGUUCUGUCCGGCAGUAAAAGCUCUCAUAGCGAACAGUAACAAGCAGUAAUGCCCAUAUCCUACCAUACACACAGCAUCACCUUAUUGAAAAGUAAACCGGGUUAUGUCGUGUGUCUGUGAAUAGAGAUUUAUACGCAAGCAAUGGUAUGUUAAUUAAAAACGAAGUUUGACUUUUUUUCAAUACUUGCAAAGUAUUUAUUAUUAUUAUAAUGGCUUUGGUUAUUUUAAUAAGAAUUUUGGGAGAUUUCUUUUUUUUUUUUAUAAUUGAAGUACCAUAAAACAGUAGUAAGUGUAGUGGACUUGCACGCAUCACGAAACGAAUGGUGAUGUCUGAGUUACAUAAUAUUCUUCUAUGGUUGUCCGUAUGUAUACAUAUUCCAUUUCCAUUUUUUGUGGUUGUUUUUGUAAAUUUCCCUGAUAAUAGUAAGGGAUGUUUAAUAUGCUGCGAUAGUUACACUAUGUAUUUGUAUUGCAUUUUUAUAAAGUAAUUUACGAUGUACUACAUCAAUUUCCGCAAAUUUGUGUCCAAAAAUGGGAUCUGUAGGUACUUUGUGGUGUUUCUAUUGCACUGCCAUUGCAAUUAUCUAUAUCUUUCAUCAGGCUGAUGAUUUAGUCAAAUUGAGUCCCCGGGACAUAUACGAAAUAAAUUCGUAGUGGACACCUUUCUAAUAACGUUUGACUGGCUAAAUACGAUAUUUAAUUACAAAAUAAAGUUUGGAUACAUCGCCGCUAAGUACACAAAUCUUUCGUUAGUUGAGCGCAAGCGCCGACAGGUUCGUGUGUGGGCUAUCACGCUUUGUAAUUUCGCACCCCGUGAUUAAAGUAUUAUUUGUGCGUUACGUAUUUAAUUGCUUUGCUUUACGUUAUUUAUGUUUUUUUUUCUUUAUUUAUGAUUUCCAAGUUAGUCAUGCUGUAUAAAGCUCUGCGGUGCUCCUGUAGUGUUGUAGAUUUCACUUUUUAUAAUUCAGUUUCAUACCAACUAAUUUUCUUCAAACAUUCAAUCUAUAUUAUACAGCGUGUUGCUAAAAUGGCGAUAUUAAAUAAACACACGGAUACUUGACUGUCAUCAUAAAAAAGACAUUCAUAAAUUCACCUGAAUAAAUCAAUUUUCAAUAAUAUGAUUUCGGAACGUAAUCUAGUAGCCGCGUGUACGCCUAGCGUAGGCACUGACACUCACCUAAGUAAGGCUGAGAUUGUAAUAUCGUAUAGACUAUAGAGCGUGCUUAGAGUUUGCUCAGACUUUACUUAAGUAAAACUUAGCUAAAUAUGAUAAAACGCGAACUAAAACAGCGUCGGGCUGUCUUAGCAUAAGUUGAGCAUAAUUUCAGCUAUGAAAUGACACUAAGAACGAAAUCAAAGAUUAUACUCAGCUGAGUUUAAGUAAUUAAAGUAUGAGCAAUGUCUAAAUAUGCUCUAUAGACCUCAGCCUCAGCCUAGUCGGGAGUAAUUAAGUAAGUAAUUUCGUUACUUAUUUACUUAAGAUUAACACUUUUUAUGAUCAAGCUACAUAUAGCGUUACCUUAUAUUACCAGUUCGGAGCUCCUUUGCACAGGAUGCCGUUUAGAUUAUGGGCACCACAACGGCGCCUAUUUCUGCCGUGAAGCUGUAAUGUGUAAGCAUUAUUGCAUUUCGGUCUGAAGGGCGCCGUAGCUUACAGUGAAAUUACUGUGCAAAUGAGACUAAACAUCUCAUGGCUCAAGGCGACGAGCGCAAUUGUAGAAUUUUGGGUUUGUCAAGAAUACUGAGCGGCACUGCAUUGUAAUGGGCAGGGCGUAUCAAUUACUAUCAGCUGAACGUUCUGCUUGUCUCGUCCCUUAUUUUCAUUAAAAAAAAUCUUGUGUUUAUUUAAUGUCGUUGUUGUAGCUCCGCGCCUUAUAAUUAGAAACUGUACCAUUAUAUUAAAUAUUAUAAUACCUACUGUAUAUUAUUAAUAAUAACUAAGAUUGGCCUUGGUUUCAUUUAAAUAUAGUUGAACAGAACGUCAAAAUAAAUCAAAAAACACAAUAUUAUAUUACGCACCUAGGGAGAAAAGUAGGUCAUUUUCGCCCGCGGAAUAUUGACACCAGUGACAAUCGCGGUUUUUUUCCACCUGGAUGAAAAGCUCGCUUUAAGUUCAUGGCACGAGGGACAAAAGUCGUCUUGCCGGGAGAGAAUCGGACACUUUUCUCCCGUACCAGGAACUAAAAGACAGGCUUUCAUCGAGGCGGGAAAAAAUGAACUCUUCUAAUUUAGAAUGUUAGAUAUUUUUAUUGUUACGGGUAAAUAAUUGUUAAUUCUGCCGCAUCAUGUAUGCAUCAUCGUGCCGAAAUAAGGCCUACUAGUGUAACAUCAAAACAAAUAUAAAAAGUAUUUAUAUAACCUAUGUAUAGUUAUAGCUGUAUUAAACAUAAGCUAUUGGUGCAUAUAACAUACUUAGUAUACUAGCUUAAUAGACAAACACUCCUCAUUACGGCGAGACGAAAUUUAAAAUGUUCAUGUGUGAUAGUUUUGCAGAUGUGUGAGUGAGUUAGUGAAGUAUGUAGUAUUUUACUUUUGGUCAAUCCCUAUGACAAAUAUUGAUAAACGGCGUCAUAUUCACGUAAACAAUAUUUUAUUAUGUAACACAUGUGGAUUAAAAUUAAUACAAUCUUUAGAAAAUAGAGAGUUAAAAUGUAAUUCCAAAUAUUUGUAAUAUGUUCUACGAAAAUAAACACCACGAAAGUAGCAUUGAAGAAUCGGUAUUUACCUGUGAAAUGAUUAUCUGGAUUGUUGCUGUAUAUAAAAACACAAUCUAAUACAGCACACGACACCAUUAUAUUUUUUAAUAAUUAAUAUCCGUAAAAAACAGUAUAACUACAAUAAAAACACUAAAUUUAGUACGCGGUCCAAUUUCACAGGAGAUUAGUGGACACUAAAUUGUUUAAAAACGUCCAUCUAUUCCGUCUCUUUCUCACACUUAGGUUUUUGUGUAACGAUAGCUAUCUCACACAGGGUUCGUCUAUUACGCUGGUAUACUAAGUUUAUGGUUAUAUCGGACUCAGUCGGGUGACAUAGAGCUUAUAAAAUUUCGAAAUAUUUAAUUAUGGAUGUUGAAAAUGUAUCUUAAAAUAAAUCUAUGUGUGUGAAAUUUAAGAAAAAAUUACAAAAAAAAUAUUGGUGUUAUUUGAUUAAGGUUUUAUAUUAUAAUCGUAAAAUGUGAUUGAAAAAUAUAUAUAUUUAUUUAUUUAUUAUUUGAGAGAUAUUAAUACAGCUACGAAAAUGUAUAUUUGUAAUAUAGAAAACUUACUACAAUCAUCUAUGUUUUGUGUAUUGGACUGUGUUUAGUGUGUUAAGUGUUAAGCCUUGUAUCGUAUGUGGUGAUAAUUACGCGUGUUAUGUUAGUCAAAGUCAAAUAAACUUUAUUCCAUUAGACUUAAACUAAGGGCUUUUGAAUCGACACUAUAAAUAUUUCUUAUAAAUUUAAUUCUUAUAGUUGAGAUUAUCAGCUCUAUAUAUAUCUCCAUAUAAAACGUUCUUUGGUCGAUAUAACGCGGCGAUUGCCCACAUACAUAUUUCUGUACUGUGAAAUUUAUAAUGAUUUGUAAAGUUCAUUAUUGUUAUAAUUGAAAACGCUUGUUACGAAUUGUGAAUAAUUAUUAUUCUACCGCGUUAUAGGGGUCAUUUCCUCUAUUUAGUUUGUUCCAGUGGAUUUUGUAGUAGGUUUUCUAAAGUGUUGCAAUGUCAAUAAGUCACAAGUUCUAACAGCGCAAACAAUGCGAGCGCGGCGUCUACGGAAUGUAAACGAUUGCUGGGAUUUAGUGUAAGGUUAGUAGAUGUGUGUGCUAACUUCGGUAUGAUUAUGUAAUUGAUAUAUUAUGAUUUACAUAAAAUUAAAAAUAUGCAUGCGGUACGGCAUCGUGUUGUUACACCCACAGCUGCGACGUACGACGCGAGUAUGCCACAGGUUUUGAGCCGUUGGUUUUGAUUAUACUUUUUCAGUCGCUCAAAAUGAAUUAAUGUUAAAUUAUUAAAACAUUCGUGAGACAUGAUUACUACUGAAUACUACUUUCGGACGAUUCGAAGGUCCUUCAUCAGGGUGAGUGGGUUCGUGAUAACCAUAGAUAAGAGUAAUAAUAUACUGACAUAGAUAGACAACUCGACACUAUAAAUUUUCUUACCCGUUAACGCCAUCUGGACACCGGAUAGUGCAACUUUUCUAUAUGUGUUUUAGAGUACCUACUACAUGAAACCGUGUGUAGGUGUAUUUAUCUAAAAUUUAGAAUCUAAAUAUUUUAUUGCUUUUUUUUAUUUACUUAUUUGUUGUAUAAUUGACUUAACUUGACUUAACUUAACUGAAAUAACAGUUAAACAAGUACAUAUAUCUAAAAGUAGGUACUCUGUUAGUUAAUUCACGUAACAAGGAGUUUAGUUAUUUCGAAUUGCGAUAAGCACAUCGUAAGCAGUAGCUGUCUGUAGUCAAGCAGACGCCAUUUGCAAUAAAUAAAAUAUUGUUUUUUUACGUUAUAUGAACUGUCAAAUUUCAAACUCAGUUUCUAUAACGGCAUAUAGAUGGCGUUAGUUUCAGUGAAUAAAAUAAUGUUUUAAGUUACCAUAGCAAGGUGAUAACGUCCCGUCUCAUUCUGCGGACUUGUGCUCGUAGUGCGCGGCUGGACAGGGCGGGGGGAGCCGGUGGUGAUUACGAGCACGGUAUUACUGAAACUAUGUCACUAUUAGUGUCCACUACGUGAUCAUCGGUACUAUGGGUCUUAUUGCGUGAUGCGUUUAAUAACACGGGUUUCGUUUUUGAAUUAAAGUUGUGAUAACUACCGACCUAAAACUGACCUCGAUGUUUAUGAUUUGAUGACGUCAGCACAUGAUACGUUAGUGAAAAGUUUUUUUUUUAUUGUUUCUUCAAUCGGUCACCAAGACCAUAAGCGGAAUUUUUGAAGGAACUAUGACGUUAGAGUGGAGCGGCCAACGCCGCGCCUCCUUCUUGUAUGUGUAUGUCACGUUUGAGUCGCCUAACCACUGGCAUUUGUAGCAUCUCUGUAAUCAAAACAUAGUGAUGUUGUUCCAUACGAUCUGUGUGUUUCACGCGGUACUGCGCGAUCUCUAAUUUAACAGUCGGUGUUUUAAGAUAGUCGUAGAUCUCAGUUGAUUUUAUAAACCACGGUGUAUUGACUAUUGCCAGCAUUAUGCCGUUUUCAGCUCGUUUAUGACACGUUAUGUUGCUGUUCCUGGCUUCGCUCAAAAGUUGAAUGCCAUUAGUCCAUAUCGGUUUCAAUAUUGAAUUUUAAAACAAUAAUUUGUUAUCGACGGACAACAUUUUCAUUUUUAUAUGAUGUUUACAAGUCAGGCGCCUGUCUAGAUAUAUUCCUAGAUACGUAGGGUAUGUUCCGAUAUGCACUGCGACCACUGUACAGUGUGACGUUAAUUUAGUAUACUGUGAAGCCGUUCCUUUAUAGCCAGUUAUACUAUUUAAAACGGAACGCAAUCCCGUAUACUGUCAGCCGCGUUUUUUGACGCAGCAUCCAAAUGAGUGUAUUACUUUUCCAGUUCAUAAAAAAACUGUUGUUGGAGUACUGUCAAAUUAAAAUUAUUUGGGAUUAAACUGUAGGUAUUGUUUAUAAAACGUUAGGCAUUCGAGUGGUUUUGACUGAUCACGUGAUCAAAGUAUUGCGAGUACCUUACUUCGAAAACGCCAGUGCUCACAAUAAAAUACGGCGGCGAUUUAUGACGUCAUAUAUUUCCCUAGGGUACUGCGGCAGUAUACUGGCAGUCCAUAACGGAAAGAAUUUUUCUACAGUGAUAGCAUUGUGCAGUGCUCGCAGUGCAUAUCGGAACAUACCCUGAAUGCACUCCGUUUGUGGUAUGAUAGAGUUACCAAGUUUAAUGAAUAAAUUGAGUACAAAUACUUGGUGAGUGUCUCGCGUGCACGACGCGGCUGUGUGUAGCGUGCUAAUGAUGUAGUGUGAAUGACGCGCGAGUUGACUGUCCUGCGUUGUGUGUCAUAUAUAUUGUGAUAUUAUGUAUUAAAUACCGCACAAUGCUAAAACAUAUAGUAGUAUUGUAAGGCUAUGGCGAGGUAGGUAGCCGAUACUGGUCUUAAUGGUGUAGUUAACAUGUUAAAUUUUAAAUCGAGCUUACCUUACUGGACUACUUAAAACUGACAGAUAAUACAAUAAAGAAGUCCCUUCCUAUAUAUGAUGUAAACACAAUACUAGAAGCGGCUAUUUAUCUCGUUACAUGUAAGCCCUUAGGCCUUAGUUCAGUUUCAUACAGCAGGUCGUAAUUGUAUCAUCCAAUAUUUAUCAUUAAAUUUUUUCUGCAACAUGUACAGUCAGCGUCAAAAAGAUAGCGACACUUUGGGUGGUUCUAUAUUUUGGUAACUUAUGUGUAGUGACGGAUAUAUUUGACUACUUUGGUUGACGCUAUUUAUUUCAUGUCAUCAUCGGGAAGUCCACCCGGACCAGCCUGUUAUUUUAUUUAUUUUCUAAAUAUGUGAUUUAAUAAGUUAUUACUAACACUAUUUUGUAAGUUUGCAAAUUGUAACAAUGAAUCCGAAAUAAAUGAUUAUUAUUAUUAUUUGGUCACUUUCGGUGAAUCGAUGUAUAUGGUAACGAUGGGUGUUACCAAGUUUUUGAAUACAAUGUGAAGCUAUCUUUUUGACACUGACUGUACCUACUUUAUGGUCUUUUGUUUCUUACUGUUGCCAUGCAACUAGCUUUGGGAAUUAAACGUUAAUUUAACGUAUAUUUUUUAGUACAUGUCAUAGUUUUUUUUUAUAUUCGGUAUUCCCAAUAAACAUAAAUUACAUACUUUAAUACAUCCAUUAUAAUUUGCCCUACAAUGUCUACCACAGUUUGAAAAUACCAAGCUUUUACUUUGUAAUUCGGCUCGUUAAUGUUGUGGUUAUAUCGUCAGCUGUAAACUGUGCCAGUUGUUUAUAGAUUUUCAUUGUUACUUAUUAGACGAAACGGGAUAUUAACAUUGAAAGGCAUUUAUUUUCUCAAAAUUUAUUCCUUUACAAUUCUUUUUGAUGUCAUUUCUAAUACUACAGCUUCGGAAACAAAUGGCGCUCUGCUCUCUAGAGAAAAAGCGGCGCAAGAAACUCUCCCAGCAUUAUUUUUGCGCUCUGAUUAAUAGAAUAUACAAUAUCGUACUGUCGUUGUUAUUGCUAUAAAAUAAUCCUAAUCUAUUCCCAGGAUGUCCGAUCACUUAGAUAUUCAGCUGUAUUUACGAUUAAACAGUUGGAUUUAUGACAGCCAUUUUUUAUUAAUUCUUGCGGUAUUGCUCUACCUAAGUAAUGAUUUUCGGCCAUCAUCCCGUUUCAUCUGAUAUAUUUAAUGUGUUCUGUCAUUUGUUUUCUAGUAUCUGUAGUUAGUUAACGUACCCAAAAGAAAUGUCGCCGAAUUCAUAGAUUAAAUGUAAUCGAAGUUUGUAUACAAAUUAUAACUAUUGGGCCUAAAAUCUUAUGACACUAGGACUUAUUAAUAAAGUAGAAUAUGGCGUGAAAUAUUAACAAUUGAACUUCAAUUAGGUACCUUUUCAAAAUAAAAACUUAAAUAAUACCUACGUUCAAUUCUUCCAUGCGUUAAGAAUAAAGGUAGAUACUUUUUUAACUUCACCUGCAAAAAUAUUAGCCUGACACGUCAGAUUAGAUCUAUGUUUUAAUAGUGCGGAAUGUUAGCUUUUACAAGUCAUUGUUAAACUUGCAAGUACAAAAAUGAAUAGAAGAAAUAACAUAAUACCUCUAGAGUCUAGACGAUUUGAAAAUUGUAGAUAGCUGUUUGUACAGACAAAAUUACGACUUGUAGCCAUCAAUACUAAUGCAGAAAAACAAUUGUUUUUAUUUUAAAUAGAUAUAUAUAAGAGGGGGCAAACGGGCAAGAGGCUAACGGGAUGGGGAGUGGUGAGGCAACCGCCCAUGGACAUCGACAAUAGGGGUAUAGAGAUUCGUUGGCGACAUUUAAGGUGGCAGUAUACUCUUUUCUUGAAGUUGUAUCGGUUCGGGAAAACAGCAGCCAAUAAAUAAAUAAUUUGAUGUGAUAAA